UGAUACUUUACCCCAACACUCUAGCAUACAUUAUCACUCACAGCAGGACAGGAGAUUAGUCAAUCCAUCUCUUGUAUCCCGCAAAAGCGAACGGAUCACUCAGAUCGCGCUGUAAUCUUGGUCCCAGGCAUCAUCGAAUUCUUGCUUCCUGUACAGCAAACAACAUCUUGCAUUGGACAGCCGGUCCUGUCUUUUCACAUCUUGCCAUAUACCCCUGAUCACCAUCACCAUCGAAAUCGUCAUCCAUCGUCCCAACCCCCGCCUUUAGCCUCGCGUCGCCGAUCACCUUGACGCGUAAUUCGAGGCGAUAACGACGACCUCGACCUUCAGGUCUGGAUCAUGUCGAACAAUGACAGUGGGACCACCACGCUCACUCAGGUACUGGAUCCGUUCCAAACCCCAAUCAACGUGAAGUCGGGACUUCCCGAGGUCGAACCGGAAAGAACGAAUGGACAGGAACGCGUUAUAGGGGUCGCGACCGGCCCCUCUCGAUCUGCUUCUCCUUUACGCUCGAAAGAAGUCUUAGGCGAUCCGAUCGCCCUGGAAACCCGACCGCCGGCUAGACGGCAUCCUAAACCACUCUUGGCUACCUCUUCUUCUUCCUCGUCGUCAUCGUUGGAAGGCUUCGCAAGGCCGAGCAAGAAGAGCAAGAACCCGUCAGACCUCUUCUUUUACCCUCAACCGAGCUUGUCGACGAUCACUCCACGUCCCUCACCUCCUCCUCGGAAGCACAAGACCUCCAGAAGCAACGAUGACGGGAACGAUGAGGAUGAUGGCGAAGACGACCACGACCAGCUAGACUCGGACCCUCGGAACCUAGGCGACCUCGGCCUGGAUAUCAGGUCUACCCCUUGGGGUCCUGGAGCGUUGACAAGCGACACGGGUCACAGUCAUGGUUCUCCUGCGGAUACGGAACUCCGAACGCCAGGCUUGGACAGCUCGGCUUUUCCCGUUCGGAAGCUGGGCAUUCGCAAGGGGUUCGGUCGGGGGCCUGGUCAGGAAGAGGAUGAAGAUGAGGAUGAGGCUGAAGAGGGGGACAAGCGAUCAGGGAAGGAAGGCUGGAAGAUGAUGCAAUCCCGGGGUCUGGAAACGCCAGCUCCGGCUCCCUUGAACCGUCAACCGAAAGACCUGUCCAGCGUAUUUCCUUUCGCUCUAUCCACCCCUCAGAACCCAUCAACCACUACGAGGAGGUCGGGCGAGGAUGAGGUGGAUAGGCCCUUGGAGACGCCUUUACAACCCCAAUCCAAAUCUCAAAUGCAGGCGCUGUCGAUGUCAGAACCUCCGAGAGAGAGGAAACGUCGGGGAUCCGUCACCCUCGUUCUACCCCCUCUGACAGCCUUGUCGACCCCUAUCACGGCAAAGAGGUCCGCCUCGACUUUCGACCCGACGUCCAUGUCCAUGUCCGCACGAGCUACACCCGAGGUCGGCUCUACGAGCGCGAGCAUGAGCAUGAGCACGGGAAAGAAACGCCGGAGGACUUCACCGGAAGAGUUGAUGGUCCUCGAAGAGGCUUAUGUGAGGAACCAGUUGCCGACGAGUGAUGAGAGGGCUAGGUUGGCCGGUCAGACGGGGAUGAGCACGAGAGCGGUCCAAAUUUGGUUUCAGAACAAGCGACAGACGGAAAAGAGGAAAGCAAACCAGAAAGUCUUCCCUACCCUGAUGCUCGUGCCCUUGCGGCACGGCUCAGCGUCGGAACCGUCCAGCGAGGCUCAAGCUCUGGUGGAUGAGACGCCUCGACCUUUCUUGUUACCCCUCAGCGGUAAGCGGGCUGGCUCGGCCAAAUCGCCUACAGGGCAUGCGUAUCAAUAUGUACCUGCUGGGGAGGGUCAGCCAUCGGCCGUGAGCAAGGGCAAACGCCCGGUGUUGCCGGGCGAUCAAGAGGAGGAUACGUUCUUCACCAGCAAGUCCGCGACUAGAGCAGACCAGGCCGUCGAACGAGGGGACGAGGAUGAGAGAGAUCUCGGGGCCGAUACCGAGGUUGACGAGUUGGAUCAAGGGGAUCACGAAGUCGAUGAGCUGGAAGACGACGAUGAAGGGAUUGUUCGGGGCAGAUCUAGGGAAGCGGUCCUGCCCACUUCCGACGUCCGUUCGAGCAGCCCAGCGUUGAUUAGGUCGAGUUCGCCCGUCGUCCUCUUGAAGGAGAGGCAACAACUGAAACGACGAGGAUCUUCCGCCGAUGACAAGAAGGAUGGCAAGAAGGAGCAAGACGCCGAAAGGGAAAAGUUAAUGCUCUUCCCUUCGAGCAGCUCAAUCGAGGUCGAGCUGUCCGAGGACGUUGUCGCACCUACGCCUACCCAGGGGAGCGCGAGAUCAGACCGAGCGAGUCCGGCCACCGUAUUGUCGACGCCAAAGAACCAAGAAUCCUCGAGAUCGACCGCGAUCAAGAGGACCACAUCGGAGAGGAUGCCAGGGAGUCUCAAGCGGCAGAUCAUUGGUAUCGCCGAUAUUUCUGCCGGGGACCAGACCGAUGCCAGCCCCUUGGCACCGUUCAGUGGCCGAAAGUUUGUGGUCUCCCAAUCGGUCCCUAGCUUCUCGGUUGGGGCAAGGAGGGACGGGUUGUUUGCGAAGCCCGUCAGCCCGUUGGGUAAGAGAAAGUUUUCUUCUCGGUUCAACGUUGGUUUCCCGAUCCGGUCGGACUUGCCUACGCCUGGCAAGUCGUUCGGACGCAGUCAGAGUGGGAUCUUGGACGAAAUGUGUAGUCGCAAGGAACUACCAUUCUUGCCCAGUUCGGCACGCAAAGAGGUUCCAGGAACGCCCUGUCGAGUGGCUUCGUCCGAGCCGGAAGAUCACGUCAAGGUCGAAUCCGAGAUUAUGCUUAGUCAAAGCAAGACGGCGAUGGCUGGGGAGUCCUCGUUGCUGGACUUGUUGCCCUCGGAUCCACCUUCAAUGGGAUUGAUCGAUUUCAACUCGGAUGCCGAAGAUGCGCCGUUCGAGGGCGACACCGAUGUCGAAGAGACGCCCAAGAAAAAGAUGAAAACGCAGGACGUAACGCACGGUUCCGGCCUCCGACAAUUUGCUUCGCUCGACUACUUUGCUGGAUCGCCUUCCAAGCGCAAAGGACUUUUGGGUGAUGAAUCGAGACGAUUGAGCGGACUGGGUACUGCCCGACGUCGUCUCUUUGAGGCACACUUGCAACAGCAAGCUCAGCAGCGAGCUAGCGUCAAGGCAAAGAAACAAACGAAUAGCAGCAAGAAGAAGAAGAAGACACCUGCCUCUAGUUUGAAACGCUCCGGAUCGAGCAGUUCGGCUUCGAUUGCCUUGGCUACGAUAGCGGCUACGCCUACGCGCAAGCCUUUGGCGAGCUCCCAUUCGAUGCCAGACCUGGCGUUGGUCACGUCUGACAAGGUCAAUAUUACCCCUGAUCGACGAGUGCGUGGGGCGACAAAAGACGGCAAAGCGGAACAACAGACGGACGAAGAGGCCGCGCGGUUGUUGCUGGGAUUGUUUGGUGGCAGGUCGUGAUAGUAGUGGAUAGAGACGAUAUCUUGAAAAUGGAACCGGUAGUCCAUCGAGGACGUGCAUAAUGAAUUUGAACGAAGCUGUAGAACAUGAUUGCAUUGAUGAGAGAUGGCAUUUGGCAUACAAAGA